UUUGAACAUUUUGAUAUUGGAUUGAAAGUGUGUGACCUUGACUUAACCUGCUUAAGAAGUAAAAGCAUGUGGUCGUCUGCGAAGUCACUAAGAUGCAUUGUAUCCGAUGUGGUCUGUAAUGGAAAAGCGGAUCGCCUGUUGGAGAUGGAAAGUUCUUUUAAGAAACACAGACAGUUGCUUUUAUCCCCAUUGACGUUUCCGGAAAAAUGUGAAAGUGAUUAUGAAUCUGUUAAAAACGCUCACAGUUCAGCGGUCAUGCUUCCUGACUUUCCACAUAGAGUUCAGUUAUCUGAAGACGUAGUACAUGAGUCACUCUUUCUUAGUGAGGUCUUCAAGCUGAACGAACUUCUAGCUGUAGAACUCUGCCUAACAGUUGAGAGUCAGCUCUCCUUUUUCCCUCGUCUUACUCGAGGAUUAGUUGGUGUGCUUUUGUAUUACGAAUCCCACCUGUCCAUUAUUGAUGCUUUGGCUACCUUAAUUGCUGCACGUGAUGGCCGAAUGUGGCCAUCUUCUACAACAGCUGAGAUAUGCCAGACUCUUCAUGCUAUUACAGAUGAUUUGUUCGCAAGUGGAUUACUGCAAAAUAUUUUAGGUGCAUUGCAGGCGUUUUCUGCACAUGCGGAAUUUUCUCGACUGGAAAAUUUACAAGUUCUAGGGGAUUCGAAGCAUCGUCACGAUGUAUUUAUGCUGCUGAAAAAUAUAUCCGAAGGUUUAUCUGAAUGUGUUAUGUUGUGGUCCUGUCAGAAUGCUUUAAAUCUAAACGAGUUCAAGUUGGUUUUGGAUUGUUUACUGAGUUCAAAGCCUCAAAAUUCGUCCACAAGAACUGAUAGCAGUCAAAGUCAACUGACUUUUCAAAAUAACGAUCAACUAUCUAGAGAAGGCUUACAUCUGCUUAUGUCUUUACUACACUGUUUGCAACCAUUUUCCUCAAGCACACCAUGUGCUGACCAAGUCUCGGAUCUAACGGAUUAUGAUUGGAUUCAUCCUCUUUAUACUGAUCAUUCUUUUGCAUCCGGUAUUGGACGUUUAUUGGACUAUCGCAAAUCUGUCUGUGAAAACCAUUCUAAUGAAACUGAUUCACAUCAGCUGAAAUUGCUGGGAUUAAUAAGAUUGUCAUGGGCAUUGUGCCUUCGAAAGACAAGUCACUUACGUGCUGAACUGCGCCGCCGUCGAAAUGUAGAUGUCAGUCGUUCUGCACCAAAUACUGGGGUUAGUGAAAAUGUCCUGACAUCAAUAAGUGAAAAAGACUUUGGAAUUGGUGGGGAUGAGGAAGAUGAAUUACAAGCUGCUUCAGCCAUCGAGUCAGGAGCUCUGGAAUUUGCUCGAAAAAAUGUCUUGAAUACUCCUAAUUUUGAGCGUGAGACGCUUUGGGUAUAUUGUAUGCAUUGCAUUAUUACUGAUCUAAUUGUCCACAUGACAGCUCGAGUUAAGGAGAUUCGAUUGCGUGAUGAAGAUUUACUCAGGUCUACAGGUUUCGAUCCAUCAACCACUGGGCAUGGCUUUGCAAACUUCUUGCUUUUAAUCGCCCAACUGUAUAAUCAACCUGGUUCUCGUCUUCACGGUCGGCUAGCCUUGGAAUAUUGGUGGCCUGUAGGUGAACUGGUUAACAUUACGCCAGUAGCUUUGGGAUCAGGUGACCUGCUAUCGAGUAGCGUAACCAAUAAAUCUCCUAGGCGGAAGUUCAGUUUGUAUGGCACUCGGUCACGUAAUGCAGAACUUGAUAAUAUUCGACAGGCUGCACUUAUGCGUUUUUUGCGAUUAGCUGGAGAUAUGGUUACAACACCGUGCUUGUUUUUGCCGUAUUUACGUGUGCUACAUGGUUUAUGCUGCUCUCGAAGCGCUGCAGGACUCUGCUUCAGUCUUCUUAAGGCGAAUGCUACCAAUCCUGGGCGUGGUGCUUCAUUGAUCACUUGGGAUCAUUUUUUUAACAGUUUUCGUCAAUAUUUGAAUCAUAUGAAGCAAGUGGUAAUGCAAUCUGAGCCAGUUAAUCUUAGACUUCAAGCAUCAAAUCAACUUUAUCCUCAUAUUUACUAUAGUGAUGGAGCUGCAUCUCGUCCUAGAGGUUCAGGGUGUCCACGAUCAGCAACGGAGUCUAUGUAUGUUGGUAAAAAGGGUGUUGGUGCUACUGACCUUUCCACAACGGCACCAGUGGUCACUCAACCACGUUCCAUUCAACCUGAAGAACAAGCUGGUUUACAGGCUGUUUUGAGAUUGGUUGCUCGUAUCUGUCGUAUGGAUCCCGUUGCACGUUCAGCAUUCAUUUCCAAUCCUCAGUGGCAGGUGGUACCAAUGUGCAUGGGUUUCCUCACAUGUCCUGUUUCUUUGGAUUUGAAAGCCGAUGUUUUGUAUCUUCUUACUGAACUGGGUAAAAGUCAACAGAAUGUUCCAUUAUUAUGGCAGCAUUUUGUUAGUGCCGAGCUUUUACCGUUUACAAUCAUACGUUCUGGUGGUCAACCUCAAUCUACUAAUGGCUUAAAUACUGAUAUGGAUGAGGUGGAGCCAAGAGCUGAAGAAUAUCCUUUAACAAAUGCCUUCCUUACAUUGAUGACAGUUAUGCUACCCAAAUUGAUUAAUUAUCCUAUCGCUAGUAAUUCCUUGAAAUCUAGUGAUGGUAAGGAAAUCAGUUCAUAUGGAUUAUCUGGUGGUGGAAAUGUUAUGCAAGCCAAUCCUUUUGUCUCAAUAACUUCUUUUAUCACGAAUACAAUCUUUUUGAGGCAUACUAUGAGAGCGUAUCGUAAUCCUGUGGAACGUUGGGAUAUUGCUGCUUCCUGCUUAGUUUUAUUCGAUGGGCUUGUUAACGACUUCUUGAAUCGGCUAAACAAUGCAACAGUAAUGAUAACAACACUGAUGACCUCAAAUCAUGAAAAAGAUGUCGAUAAUUUGGACUCUUUGUUUGCUUCCAGUUCUACUCCUGUUAGUGAUGUGAACUGUGGAAAAAUCCAACAGUCAGUGGAUUGGCCAUCAUGCUUAUUGUCUAUUCUAUUUCAAAUGGGUAAAGAACAACAAAUUCACGGUCGUCAUCUGUAUUCCACAACGACGACGCCAACAACAACAGCCACAUCAGAGGUGUUGAUUAAUCAGUUGCAUUUACCUGCUGGUUGGCCAUACAGUGAUCCUGGUUAUCAUUUGGCUGCUCAACUGUUAACUGAUUCAUCUUUAUUCAGAAUGGUUACUGGUCUUUUAGAGGUUGGCUUACACCGACAUCUUGAAUUCCCUAUCCCAAAUGGACCACCUGCUGGGAUGACACGUGCGACCUACGCUGGCCUAAGCCUUAUUCGUCGACUUCUUGCAAGCGAAGAUAUCUUGGUCACAUUUGUUCGACGCAUAGCAACAAACGUCCAACCUCGAAUGGGAUCUGCACAGACAGCUAUAUCAAAUAUUUCUGUUCCCCUUCCAAAUCUACCGUCUUUUGGUCUCACUGUUCUGCCUGUGUACGUUUCACGCUUACUGAUGUCAACAAAUAGUGGAUCUGGAAGGGCAGAUCUUAUUCCAAUGUUGUUGAAAUACUGUAUGUUAGCAGAUUACCUACCAGACCAUACAUCCUGUGCAGUCAGUAUCCUUGGUUAUCUGGCGGCGUCUAUCAAACCACACUCAGAUCUGUUGGCGUUACUGACAGUUGAUGAAGCUACACGAAGUCAAUUACUUGGAGCAUUUGCAUACUUGAUUAAAUGGCCGGUUAGUACAUUAUCCAACAGCACAACACUGAAUCCGACUGAUAGUCAAUGUGUUACUUAUAAUUUAGACAAUGAAGGUUAUUUCGCAUUCACAGAUGAAUGGCUUCAUGGAGAUAAUUAUGAUGACAGAGGAUUGUGUCUACGCACUACGGGCACAUUUUCAGCUAGACUGCCUCCACCAGCAAGUUAUGCUGCUCGAGUGGAUGCUGCUUUUCCUUCACAGACAACAAGUUGGUAUUUCCCCAACCUCACUUGGGAACGUUGGGCAUCAUAUGUGAAUACAUAUUUUUCCACCUGGUCGGAUAUUCGGAUUACGCAUAAUCGAAUUAUGAUUAACAGUGAUUAUUAUACUACAGCAUUCGGUGAUUGGUUUUACCAGGUUACAACGGACUCUAAUACAGUACCAAUAUCAGUAUCUUUCCUUCAAAUAUUAUUGGCGGUAAUGGAUCAUCCGACACCUAAUCUUGCACAUUGGUUGUGUGGUUUUCGUUUUGAUAGUUGUAAGGCUAUUUCGCGUUCAAACUUGCAGGAUGCUGGUAUUUCUGAUCAACAAAGAACAUGUCUUCAUAGCAUGCUUGAUCUAAUAGACACAACAUCCCAUUGGCUACAGUCUGCAUCAACAUUACCUUUUGAAUUUGCUUGUACAUUGCAUUGGAAUUCUGCCCUAAUUUGGCAAAUUCUGUACCGAUUAGGAUCAAAUCCUUUGACAUCAGAACCGUUGCUACGUUUUCUUCGCAGCAAUCAUGAUUUAUUAGCUAAAUACUUACAUUUAGAUGUUUGCCAUUCGCCUUUUUCUUCAAGUGUCAUUGGAAAUAUUUGUGAAAGUUUUACUGCUCGACAGAAAGCAGUUGUUGAAGCUUUAUCGCUUAAUCGUAAAAACUGGAUUCUUCGUUUGUACGCAAUUGAAAUACGCGUUAGUGCUAUUGCUAAUCAGCGUUCUUAUGUCACUCGUCUAUUGAAAUUGUUCCUUGGUGAUCUUCUAUUCGAUAACUCUCUUGUUCCGUCAGUCAAUGAGUCUCGAGAAUCUCCUUCCGUCCUGGUUAGCUUCAUUCAAUUGCUCAACGCUUCUGAGGAAUUUAUCAGCAAAUCGAAUCCACUUGAGUCCAAAAUGUUCGACUCUUCACUUAUUCAUGAAGUGAUGGCAAAGUCAGAAGUCGCCUGUUCCCUACUAACAUCAGAUUCAAAUGCAGCACGAAGUUUGUCAACUAUGAUUCACUUUAAGAUUUUCCUGAUGAGUUUAUAUAUUAAACUAGUUGGAUUACGUAGUGACAUGGAUACCUAUACUCAUGAAGAUUUAAACAGACUACUUACGUUGACGUUUGAACAAGUGUUUGAUGUCAGUAUAUCAGCACAUGAUUUGUCGUCGUUGGAACUGUUCAAUGCUGCGUCAUCAUCAACGUCAGUAUCAACACUAAUCAAACAGAUUUCUGCUGUUCGUGAGUGGAUUGACACACGUAAUAUACAUGGUCUACAGUUAUAUGUUGGUAAACAGGCAGCUAUUGAGGCAUGGAGGCAAGCGGUUGAAAUCAGUCUAGGUCUACUAACUAACCAACCAUAUUAUGGAAAUAAAGUGCAAAAGUCUAGUCAGUUAGUGCCAUGUGUAUCCAGUUAUCUGCAUUCAGAAUUGAUAAGUGUGAUACGUGAUGGUGGAUUGAAUGACAGUAUAGAAUGUAAACCUCAACUUCGUCCAGUACCUGUUCUGUGUAUGGAUGUGCUUGUUCUAUUAUUAUCUCAGAUUUGUGCUAUAAAAGAAGUUCCACAGACAAUUCGUUUACUAGCCAGUGGUACAUGUCUUACUCUAUGCUCAUUUCUUCAUUGUCAAUCAAAUAUUAUUUCAAUGAAGUCCAAUGUAUCCGAAUCGGGUGGAGUAAAUAAAUGUACAUAUCAUAAACAUUGGUCAUCUUUACUUGUUUCAUUAAUGGGAUUGUUGAUUAGGUCUAUAGUUAGAACUAAAACAUCAACACAGCGGAUGCGUGCAAAUUAUUAUGGAAGCUUGUGUUAUGUGAUACGGUUUUGUCGUAAUCUCGGUCAAUCAUUGAAAGAAGAUAAAAUGGCAUCGUCUGACUUCAAAUCCUUAUCAGAAUGCUUCUCUGUGUUCACUUCUUCUUCUGUAUCUGGUUUUGACACUAAUCAUUCUGGCUCAGUUGAUCCGUCUGAUUUGAACCAACUUCAUUCCAUGCUAAUCACUGAUCUGAUUCAUGGUCAUACAGUAACUCAAAUGGCUGCAAUGAGUUUAUUAGAGUUACUAGUUUCCUUCGAUCGUUGCUCACAACAACUGAUUUCACAUCUUGAUACUCAAGGCACUAUCCAGCAUAUUUUGGACACGGUAAUGGAGGAUUUGAAUACAAUCAGCAAAUUCUUGACGUCUAUUGAUACAGGAAUGCUAGAUGAUUCAUCAGCGGCUCAUAACAAUCGCCGUAGUCAUCUUCCAGUCGAUCCUAUUGGUAGUUGUAUAUCGACUGCUGUAUCUGCCUUCCUAUUAUAUCAAUCGAAAAUGUCACUACUAUGUAGGAUAGGCAGUUAUCCUGUUGGAGCGAAGAUUUUAUCGACUCAUGGUAUAUUGAAUCGUUUGGCUAACUGUGAAUUAUUUUCACUAUCUAAUUUGGCCAGUUGUUAUUCCUACGGCUUAGAUAGUUUAUAUAUUUGUGAAGAUAUUAAUCAACAAGUCAAUUAUCCCAACAAUUCGGAUGAAUGCAAUCAAACCGAUUUAACUUGGUUCCGUUCUUCUAAAUAUUUACGUUCAUUUCCAUUUAGUGCUGCUGUUAAAAGUGAUAAUUGUGUGUAUUGGGAUUUACUUGAACUUGUGAUUACUGGUAGCGUGGAGUGUAGUCGCUUAACAGCAGAUGAAGAGGAUGAAAUGAAAGUCACUUGGGCCGCUACUUUGAUUCCCACUCUGAGACUUUGCAAGAUCGUGCUAAAUUCAUUAGGUCCGACACAUAUGUCUAUUAAUCAACAAGUAUUCAAUUUUGUAUAUACUCAUUCAAGCUCACUGAUGUGCAAUGAAACACAGUUGACCAGUUCCAUUGUAACCUUUUUAAGUCGACAAGAUUGGUCAUAUGUGAAUCAUAAUCCUGGUUCGUCAUGUCAAAUCAAUUCUGAUUGGCUCAUUCAAUGGAUAGCAUCCGAAACCAAUAUUAUAAGUUUAUUCAGUCUGAUUAUGCAAGCGUGUAACAGUUCAUUGAGUAUAUCGUGUACAGAUGAAUAUUCCAAUCUGCAACGAGAAAUUAUACAAUCAAAAAUUCUGCGUCAUGUUUUUGAAUUACUUGGUAAUCUAAUCAAUCCUAAUGUCAGUCCGUGUGAUGAGUUAUCCAGAAGAAGUCAAUUUCAAAGUAGUUGUUUAGCCUUUGAAUACUUUUUCAUUGAAACUCAACAUAUACAACUUUUAUGCAGUUUACUGUUUAUACUAACAGCGUAUUUAAGUAAUCCAGAGAAUAGGAUACGAAAAUUCAACUCAGAUGGAGUGAAUAAAUGGUCAACACGUUCAUUGUUCCAGUUUUUCAGUAGUCAUACAAUCACAUCUGAACAGGAGAAUUCAGUCAUGAAUACAAAAGUUCAAGAUACACUGACACUGUUUGUCAAUUUAUUGAAAUGGGCAUUGAAGUGUUUACGAAGUAAAGAGAAGAUUUGUUUGGCUCUAGUUGAUGCUCAAUUUCUUAGUAGUCGUUCGCAGAAUAAAAAUGAACAUCAGCAACAAUUUGGACAGUCUGUUGCUCAGUUAUUAAAUUGUGAACUAGCCAAUGAAAACCCAUCGCUUGGUCAAUUAAAACAAGCUUCGUCUAUCAUUUUUAAAUGUCCUAUACAGUUAUUAAAUUCUAAUGAUCGAACUGUCAGUAGAGACAAUCAAAACUCAGAAAUUCUAGUGAUGCAAAGAUUAACUCAGAUUGGUGUCAGUUGUUUACGUGUUCAAUUGUGUGGACUUAUUGGUAUCAUUGAACAGUCGACAUUCUUACUGUGGAAGCAUUUAACAAAUUUUAUAAACAAUCCCGAUAUAAUGCUUGAAAAUAUCAAAGCUGGUACACGAGAUCAGUGUGUUCAACCCCAGCGUAUACGUGAUCUUUCCUUUUCCAAUAACAAUACUACUUCUCCAUUCAAAUCACCAAAACUAUCGUCUUUAACUCCAACUAAACUAUCAGCUGGGUUUACAGUUGUCGGCCAAGAAGACAAAAGUUUAAUUCAAAAGAAUAUUUCACUUGUUCGUAGUCAUUUCGAGUAUUUGAUGCAGGAUGAUAUGUUUGAGAUUCUUGAUCAGUUGACUCAGGCUGCUUAUCUGAAACCGAAUCAACGAUUAUUUAUCCAAGUUAUGCAUAGUCGAUUGGAAAGGAUCCUGGGGAAAACGAACAACACUUCACACACUUAAUGUGUAUCAUCAUUACGAAGAUGACAAUUUCUCAGUUAACACUAUUUUUAUGGUUUUAUUUGUAAAUCUUUGUAUAUUAUACUGUAUGUAUGUAUUUCUUUUUAUCGGGAAAAUACUUGCGUACAAAAUUGGUAUUAAUAUAGAAUGCAUGUAAUUAUGUUAUUCCUGAUUGCAUAAGAAAUCAAGUUUGAAGUUG